CUUUGCUGCCCCAACUCGCCUCUUCUUCCAACUUAGAGCGAGAGACCUCUUCUUCCACCUUCUAGAGAGAGAGAGAAUAUUCAUAAGAAGCCUUUCUUCCACCUUAACCUUAUAGACCAGAAGAGAGAAGCGUGACACAGCUGCACUUUCAACUUAGAGAGAGAAAGAUGGAAACUACCAAAGGAUACACACAAGAUGGCACAGUCGACCUCCGAGGCCGUCCAGUCGUCGCGUCGAAGACCGGAAGAUGGCGAGCCUGCGCUUUUCUAGUAGGUUACGAAUCAUUUGAGAGGAUGGCCUUUUAUGGAAUUGCUUCCAAUUUGGUGGUUUAUUUGACAACCCAACUUCACGAGAACACCAUAACUUCGGUUCGAAACGUUAACAACUGGUCCGGUUCGGUGUGGAUGACACCGAUUCUUGGAGCUUACAUCGCCGACUCUUUUUUGGGUCGUUAUUGGACCUUCACAAUUUCCUCUCUAAUUUACGUCAUGGGAAUGGUGUUCUUGACUCUGGCUGUCUCUCUAAGAUCCCUAAAGCCAUCAUGUGUCCAAGGAGUAUGCAACAAAGCCUCACCCCUACAAGUCUCCUUCUUCUACUCUGCCCUUUACAUUAUAGCCAUUGGGGCGGGGGGCACUAAGCCCAAUAUCUCAACUUUUGGGGCUGACCAAUUUGAUGAUUUUGACCCUCAUGAAAAGAAGCUCAAGGUCUCAUUCUUCAAUUGGUGGAUGUUUAGUGCAUUUACAGGCGCAUUAUUUGCAAACUUAGGGUUAGUUUAUAUCCAAGAUAACUUAGGUUGGGCACUAGGGUAUGGGAUCCCCACAAUUGGCUUGUUGUGCUCCUUGUUCCUAUUCUAUGUAGGUACACCAAAUUAUAGGCACAAACCUAGGAAAACCAAUAAUCCAACAAGAAAUAUUUUUAGGGUUAUCGCUAGGGCCAUUGCAAAUCGACGGUUGGAAUUGCCCCAAGAGGUGAACAAGCUUCAUGAGCUCGAGCCACAAGAUUACAUGAUUGCUGGGCGAAGGCAGCUUUGCUACACUGACCGUUUCAGGUUCUUGGACAAGGCAGCUAUAGCAGAAGGCAUCACUGAUAACUCAAAGGUCUGUACUGUGACCCAUGUUGAGGAAACUAAGCUAGUGGUGGGGAUGGUGCUUGUAUGGCUGGGGACCAUGGUCCCUAGUACCAUCUGGGCUCAAAUAAACACUCUCUUUGUAAAGCAAGGCACCACUAUGGACCGUAGUCUGGGGUCCGGUAACUUUCAAAUCCCGGCAGCUUCACUAAGUGGAUUCGUGACCCUCUCCAUGCUCAUCGCCCUCCCUAUCUACGACCGCUACCUCGUUCCCUACCUUCGUCGCAAGACCGGAAACCCCCGAGGCAUCACUCUCCUACAGAGACUAGGGAUUGGGAUAGUCUUCCAAAUCAUAGUCACCAUUGUGGCUUAUUUCAUUGAGGUGAGGAGGUUGGAUGUUAUCAAGAAAGAAGGGACUAGUGGGGCUAAAGACAUAGUCCCCAUGACCAUAUUUUGGCUUCUCCCACAAUACAUUUUGUUGGGGAUUGCUGAUGUGUUCAAUGCAGUUGGGUUGCUUGAGUUCUUCUAUGAUCAAUCACCAGAGGAAAUGCAAAGCUUGGGGACAACCUUCUUCACUAGUGGAAUAGGGAUUGGGAAUUUUUUGAAUAGCCUCUUGGUAACUUUGGUGGAUAAAGUGAGUAGCAGGGGGGGGAAAAAGAGUUGGAUUGGGAACAAUUUGAAUGAUUCACACUUGGACUAUUAUUAUGCCUUUCUCACAGUGUUAUCAGCAUUAAAUUUGGGGAUAUUUGUGUGGGUGGCAAGAAAGUACAGGUAUAAGAUGGAGGUGGGCAGCAUGGCUGAAGGCAAGGACCCUUGUAUCCAAAUGGAGGGGAACAGUGUGACUAAGAUGGAGGGGAUGUUUGUGACCACAUCAUCCUCAGGGUUGCAAGUAUGAGAGCGAGAGAAAGAGAGGAUAUUAGUGUUUGGCAUUUCACCAACUUUGUGUAUAUCCAUUUAUAACGUUGGGGUUUAUUUCCAAAGCAAUGCAAAAUUCUAGCCCUUUUCUCUAUGA